CCCAAACAGCCAGAUAGCCAGGAAGAGGCGGACAGACCCAGUGCACUUGACCACAACCACAAUCACACACCACCCCCCGCUCAGACAUACACCGCUCAGCCAUCCAUAUCCAUUCAUUCAGUCAUCCAUCCAUCCAUGCAUGAGAGCUACACAUCAUCCAUGAGAUCUUCUAUGCGCCAGAGUCAGACGAGGCCUGCCUGCCUGGCUGUCUGUUUGCUUGGCUGGCAUGCUGUGUUGUCUAGCUACGUGCCCGCCCCGCCCUUGUCUCCCCCCCCAGCACCACUGUCGUGUCUGUGUGUGGAUGUGCGUGCGCCGGUGUGGAACUUGGGUGCCUGCGGGACGGUGAGUGGCUUGUCAGAUCGCCUGACGGGCGGGGGCGGGUGGAACACCGGUGCCGGCUUGGCCUUGGGCACCGCCUCGGCACGCAACGCCGCCCUCUCCUCGCGAAGACGCUGCGCCUCCUCUGACUGCAUACACACACACACAUACACACACGUGUGGAUGAGUGCGGGCGGGUGCCUGCCUGCCUGCCGCCAGCUGACUGACAGACAUACCUGUUUCUUCUUGCGCUCAGCUUCGGCGGCGGCUUCCUUUGCCGCACGCCGGGCCUCCAUCUCGCGCCACUUGGCGUUGCGACUGCACGGCAGCAGACACAUGUGUGUAUGAGAGGGAGGAUUCACACACACAGGUGGAUGCGAUGCUGCGGUGUCUGUCACCUUCCUUCACCUGUCGACUGCGAGGUUGAAUGGGAGUGUCUCGGUGAGGUGGAUGGAUCGGGACUUCGACAGCCCCUUAUCGCCGCCGGCACCACCACCACCACCACCGCCAACGCCGUGACUGUUGGCAGCGGGGGGAGGCUGCGGCCACACACAUACACAAGAAAGUCGACACACACACACACAGACACACGUGUUUAUUGCCUUCGUCCUGACAGCUGGCUGACCUUGGGUAUGUAUGGUCUGGCUUUGAACGAUGCCUGCUCGCGCUUCUUGCGCUCCUGAGCAUCGACCUGACGACAGUCGAAAGUCCACACGCACGUAAGGAAACACGCGAACGAAUGCGACCAGUGAGUGGUAAGGCAAGCAGCACGGACUGACCUGCUUCUGGAACUCUCGUCUGGCAUACUCGUGUCGGUGCUCGCUGGACAGGUCGAAGGGCUUCGGGGCCGUCAGGGGGCGACGAUCCACAGACGCCGACCGCAGGGAACUGCCGCCCUUCUUCUGCACAUACACACACAUCAUCCGUCCAUCCACACACGCGACCUUAUGUGGGUGUGGGCGUGUGUGUGAGUGAGAGGUGGUAAGUGGUGGGUGGGGUGGUAGAUACAUACCAGUAUGUUGGUGGGCACGGGGUUGGCCUUGACUUUGCGUCGCUCCGCGUGCUCCUGCUCCUCGUGGGCCACGCGAACCUCAAACUCAUGACGGUAAUGCUAAACACACACACCGCACACACAUAAACACAUUUCACACAUGUGUGUGUAGUGGUGUGGGUGCGGGUGUGGGUGUGUUUGCCCUGCCUGUCCUCGCUGCUCUGUGGCGAGCUGGAAGGCUCUCGGGACGGUCGGCUUCCCCACACCAACACCCGCCCCCGAUGCUACGCUCACAUGCUCUCUAUCAGAUCCGUGGUCAACCUCACUCUGAUGCACACACGACACACAAAGACAGAACUCAGUCAGCACAGCGGUGAAUAUGACGACAAAAGGCCUGUCUCUGUCUGUGUGUGUGUCAUGUGGAUGUACGUACCUGUGCGAUAGGUUUGGCGCGUCCCUUGGUGGCGAGUGGGGGGGACUGGGGGUUCGUCAGAUCACGGCUGCCCACCUUGGGCUCAAACAACUGCGCACAUAGAUAGCACAAUGACACGUGUGUGUCCAUGUGUGUGUGUGUGUGGUGAACUCUUGCCAUUCACCGACUGACCGGUCGUUCGAGCAUUUUCUUGUUGAGGGGUCUGGCCUUGAAGUGCGCCGCCAACUCCUCCCCCUCCUGACCCCCAGCCCCACCAUCCCCACCACCGCCCCCAACACCCUCCUUGCUAUCACCACCGACCCCCUCAUCCAUACGGCUACCCUGAACACACCACACACAACACAACACAAUACAAUACAACAAUACCAUAUAACAAGCUCAUCCACACACACACACACGAAAGAAUCGCCUCGUGUGUGUGUGUGUGUGUUGUUGGUUGCCUCCUUUUUGUGUUUGAAUGCUGCGAGUGGUGGUGUGACGGGGUCGGUCAGCUGUGGCGGGGGCACGUGGGGCACCCCCAGCGGCCGGUCUGCGCGCAGCACCUUGGGGUUGAGCGGGCGGGCGCGGAAUGGCGGCAUCUUGGCCAUCUCAUCGGCCUCCUGCUCCUCACGGGAUACAAACCUGACCAACAAAUGCAUUGCAUUCACACACAGAGAGAGAGGAAAGACUUAUCCAUCUAUCGACCUAUCUGUGUGUGCGUGUUUGUGUGUGGUGGGUGCGUGCGUAGGUACCUACCUGGGAGGUUUGGGCGGCAGCUGUUCUGUGUGCAGGUUGAAUGGCUGAGGGCACGUCAGCUUGCCCCCGCCGGCUACGCCGCCGCCCUUCCCCCUCUCACCCCUGGCCCCCUCUCCCUUGGCCUCCUCCCCACGGAGCGACCUCUCAAACUCACGCAACGUGUCAGCCAACGGCGUGUGCCUCCCGUCAGCUCCUACACCGCCCCCCACCCCCUCUCCCCCGCCCCCCGCCCCCUCCAUCUCCCUGACCCGCAUCUCCGUGGCAAACCGGAAGGGCACGGCGGGCGUGGGCUUGCCCGUGUAGUGGGUGGCCGCCUUGCGGUGGCGGUCGGCGUGAGAGGGGCUGGGCUGGUAGGGCCCCAGACGCACGUCGGUCGACAGGGCGAACUCCUGGGGCAUGGUCAGCGGCUUGACGGACCGCUUCAUGGCCUGUCCCCCCACACCCGCCAGCACACGCGGGAGGGACUUCUCGUUGAGCUGCCGCAGUCGGGCGGCCUCGGUGCGCCCCUUGUGGAUCUCGCGCUGCUCCUGCAACUCACGCGACUCCUCAGAGGUGCCGCGGAGCCGGGCCGAUGUGGCGAAUCGGGGGCUGUGGGGGUUGGUGAGCUUCCUGUGGUGGGGGAGGGCAGCCGGGAGGGACGCCGUGUCGUGUUUGUCAUGGUCAGCAUGGUCCGUCUUGGCAUCCCCCGUCCCCCCCUCAGCAUCGUGAUCGUCCAGGUCUUGUGCGGCAGCUGCGCGGGUCUCCCAGGCCUCUGAGCCGACGAGGUAGAGGGGGAGGGGCUCCUCCUGCCGGAGGGCUUUGAGGACCGCCCCGUCCGCCGCCUCGACCGUGAGCCCGUCCUCCAUCGACCGCUUGCUGCCAGACUGGUCCUGGUGGUAGUCCUUCUGCUCCUUCUUCUCCUCUCCUGUGGUGGUCACCUCCUCCUCCUCCUCCUCCUCCUCGGCCGUCGCUGGUGCUGAUGCAGGUGAGGGUGCAGCCUCCCCAGCCUGGUGAGCCGCCUCCACGCCUUGGCCAGCCGAUUGCGAGGCCUCUUCGCCGCUCUGGCGGGCCAGAUCUGCCUCAGGUGCAUCGCCGGGCGGGGCGGAUGGCUGCUUGACGUCUGCUGCCGGUGGAGCGGGCUGCUCAUGGUCUGCCGGUGGAGUGGCGUCCGCAGGGCUCUCCUGGACGGGGCAUUUCGGCUCUACUGAUGGCAGCGGUGCGUCGUCGUCACCGUUGGCAUGGUCUUCCUCAGCUGUUGUGUUGCUGGGUCUGUCCUCGCCAUCAGUGCGCACCUUCGCCGAUGGCUGCGGUGCCUCCUCCUCGGUAUUCUUCUCCAUCGUCGUUCUCUCACGCUAUGUCAUCG